UGUGGGAGAUGCGGUAGAAGGGACGGUCAUUAUAUUAAGACUUGUCCUGAACCCGAAGGCUACGUGCCGCCAGCUAGAGAAUCUUCGUCUGAUGAAGAGGAUGACGACGAUGAUAUGGAUUUUGCGGACAAUGAUGGAGGUGAUGAGGGAGGUGAUGAUGGAGAUGAUGACGAUGACCAAAGUGGUCGGCCCCAAAAGAAUGAACGAACGAGCAACCACGAUGCUGAUGUAGAG